AUGGCCACCAUUCCAGUUGACAUGGAAGUGGAAGCUAAUUUCUUGGCAAAGGAAGAUAGUAUUAUUACUGGCAUUGCACUUGUAGAUCUAGUAUUUCAUGAGGUUGAUUCUUCUCUGAAGGUAUCGAUACUGCACUGGAUGCAGAAAAUGGCAGAUGCUGCAUACCCUGCAUGUAUAUUAGAGACAAGAAAAACUGCUCCAGGUUUACAUUUGGUGGAUAAGUGGGCGGUACUUAUUGGAGGAGAGCGGAACCGUAGAAUGGGUUUAUUCAAUAUGGUCUUGAUAAAAGAUAAUCAUAUAUCAAUAGCUGGAGGCAUUAAGAAUGCCAUUAAAUCUGUUGACUUGUAUUUAGAACAAAAGAACCUUCAAAUGGAGGUUGAGGUACUUGAUGUUGAGAAGGAGGAUGUUCUUGACAAUGAUGAUGUCGAAUUGGAGAAGCCAAUGGGAAGGAAAGCCGAGAAGGCAAAAUGGAAGGCCACGGCUAGGUCAGGUGAAGACAUUGUUGAGCUUUCUUAG